AUGGCCACGCGUGGGAGUAUCUACGAUGCAGUGACUGAGGUCAAAGACAAGGUCACAGGCACAGAACGUUCACAGUCAGGUGAAGAGCCACUGUCUGGCGUUCAAGGUGAAGGCACCCUUGCGGACCCGUACGACCAAGGGAACGUCGAACGUCCAAGUGAAUCUGGGGAAGAGCCUCCUUCAGGAAUACAAGGCAAGGGAACAGCUACGGACCCCUAUGAUGCCGGAAAUGCACCAGAGAAUCUAACGAGCUCUCAAUCUCACACCACAACGUCUGCACCGUCCACAAACCCCUUCAUUACUACGACCACGGUCUCUGACACUUCUGCAGCUCCCAAGUCGGCAACAAGUGACGCCACAACAGAGACACGAGGUCGUGACCCACUGAAGGCUCCCCGGCGAGAGGAAAAUUAUGAGGUUAGUCCAGGUACCCUGCCGGAUGGCACGCAUGCACAAACCAGUGGUGAUCGUGGCGAGGGUUAUGAACCAGGAAGAUUGAGUAGACUGAAAGGCAAACUAGCAUUCGGUAAACAUUAA